AUGUCUGCCGCCGACGAGCUGGAUCCCACGGAAUUCGUCCAGAGAAUCAGGCAGUUAGGGGAGCAGCGAGAUCAACAAGACGCCGAGCGCGUGCGCAAGCUGGAAGAGGAGAUUAUACAGGGCCGCAGCGAGAGACUGGCGCGAAGAGCAGAGCGCGCUCGAUCUCUCUCCCCGGAAAAAAACAACACGCCGCAAUCCCAACGCUCUGCCGCCGGCACCCCGAGAAGCAUACACGAAAAGGCUGCCGAGUCCCCUACGCCUGUCAUGGAGCCUCCGUCAGAUCAGUCGUCGCGCGAAGACUCGCUGCAGGCCUUGACUGGCUCGCCUGCUGUUCCCCUAGACGAAGCGCCGAAGAAGCCUUCAACACCCAGCGUCGGCAUGCCUACACGGUCCGGAACACUUUCAUGGCAGCAGCGGAGGCCUCAAUCUGGUGCGCGACGACCACUCUCCAUGGUGGCCGCCGAGAAAAGCGCCACGCAGUCGCCGCGUGAAACACCAGAGCCAACAUCGCCAGGCGACUCGGGCAUAAACAGAGACAAGAUCGCACAAUCGCUUGGAUCGAAAGACCCUGCAUGGUUCAGACAGACGGCGGACAGGGGCGUCGGCUCGGCGGCAUACAGGCGGAGCCAGGAAGACUCGGCGAGCGAUGUGGGAUCAAUAUCAGGCAGGCGACAGCUGCCCGGCUUGUCGCGUGAGUCUACUGCAGAGCCCGAAGCAUCAAGCCCGCCGACAGAGAGCUUCCGCUCAAGCUCGCCGUCACGAGGAAGCUCAGUCCGGGGCAGUGCUGCGUGGAGCAAUCGGUUUUCUGCAAACACGUCCGUAUCCGGUGGAGACACUGAACUUAUGGGCAAGAAGUCCCCUCUUCCCACUCUAGACACUCAAAAAUUCAGUAUGCCGCCGCCCGAGCAGCCCUCAGCAAGGGACAGCGUUGCAAUGUCGCCGUCCCAAGGGCGCAUUUCCCCCGAGCGAAUGGACCGCCCAGCUUCUCCUACUAAGGGCCUGGGUGGCUUCGUGCAGAGUGCCAUGCUCAAGCGCACUGACAGCCAGAGCAAGAGAUUCAGUGCUCAAGGCCCGCCUGGCCUGAGUCGGCAUGGCUCUACUGCAAGCAACCGCGGUGUCUCUCCUGGAGGCAUCAGUGGGUCUGCCAACAUAUCAAAGCUGGAUUCUAGACCUAGCAGUCUCAGCCGUGGUAACUCUAUGGAACCGACCUCGCGACCUAACUCAAGUUCGAGUAAUCUUACUAUUACUAAAGGCUUUGGCGACUUCAAUGAUAUCGGGUCCAAGGACGUUUUCGUCAAGCCUGCGCUUCCACAUCACUCUCGUGGCAAAUCCGUUGCAUCAACAUUUGGUGAAGAUAGUAAAUCUCCGGAUGAUGGUCCUGCUAGUCCCUCGAAGCGAUGGAGCCCUACCAAGUCGAGCUGGCUAGAGAGUGCGCUCAACAAGCCAGACUCGCCGAAGCCAAAACUACCACCUCCUCAGCAACCAGCAUGGAUGGCUGAGAUUAACAGGAUCAAGCAACAGCGAAGUAGUGUUGAUCUCGGUCGCCCUGCUGAUUCGAAACUAUUCUCUUCUGGCUCUUCUCUUCCAUCACCAACGAAGGAAUUGACAACAAUCGCGAAGCUCCCAUCGCGCGACUCUGCACCGCCACAAGAACCUGUUGAGCCCGUGAUUCCGCCUCUCAAAGUGAAGCCUGCUGCUUUGUCGACUACAGAUGCCAAACCCCAAGCGGACCUGGGGGAGGAGGCGGAGAAAUCAGAACCGGCCGUAGAUCCAGACGAGAAUAGGUUGCCGCAACCACAGGCUGCAACCAAGCCGCUACCCAUAGCGUCGCGAUUUUUGAAUGCGGCUUCUUCCACAGCAUCACUGAACAAGUCUAAGCCGAGUACCCCACCAAAGAAAGACUUCCGUGCUGCCUUAAAACCUCGUCAAGGUCCUUCUGACGGACAAAAGAAGGACGAACCUGAAUUCUUAAGCGCAGUAGGAAAGCUGAAGCGAACACAAACAGAGAAGUAUGUUGUGUCAGAUCCUCUGAAGGAUAAUAUUCUCCGCGGAAAAGCUGGGCUAACGUCCACUGGAGGCCCUAAGCCUUCAGCUCGCAAGGAUGAACUGAAAGAGAGCCUGGUCAAGCAAAAGGAGGCCAUGCAGGCAAAAGCUUUGGAAGAGGGGCCUGUGGAUAAAGCGAAAGCUUCAAGUUCCGCGCCACCGCCAACAACACCAGAGGCUAUCGCCAAGAGGAGAAAUCUUGGAAGACCUGAUAGUAUUACAAGCCCUCCGCCUAUCAAGGAGAAGCCCGUGUCUACUACCCCAGAAGCACUUUCUCGUCACAAGAGCUUGAAGGGGAAUGCGAGGCCCGUCUCCAUAGGGAAACAACCCCAAGCAACUCCUCUCCCGCAAACGAAAGAGCCAGUUAAAAGCAGUAAACUAUCGGAUCGCUUCAAUCCUGCGCUUGCCGGAAUACUUGCUCGAGGUCCAUCUCCCCUGGCCAGCAAUGCCGGAGCUCCAAAGCCUAGCAGCUCGUCCGAGAGUAUUCCUACCGCUAGAUCUACUGCAAAGGAGCCUGAAGAAUCAGGACCGGAGUUGACGCAUAUGACCAAAGGCCGCGCCCGAGGGCCUAAGAGACGAGCUCCAGCAGCCAAAAAGGAAGAGCCAUCGACCCCUAAAGCUACCCGUGUUGCGUCCGUAUCGCUUGUGAAAAGCCAGGAUAUCCUAUCAAGUAACGCAGCCCCUUUGUCCACCCCCACUACCACCGUAGAGUCGAAGCCGCUCAUUGAAACGCCAACACCUUCGAGGAACUCACUGAAACCGAAGCCCUUGGCACCUGCAAAGUCACCGCAGCUUGAUAAGAAAAUAGAGAAGCCAGCAUCGCCUGAAUUACCGAGAAAGCCUCAGUCGCCGGAGCUAGAGCGGAGACUUUCGCCGCCUAUUGGGAGCAAGCCUUCGGAGUCGGCUUUUGGGAGGGAGUCCAUGUCAAGCCGUAUAUCAACGUCCCCAAUAGCUGAACCGUUCAGACUGCCGGUGAGGCCACUUCCAACACCGCCGGAAAAGUCAUUAGACAAGCCAGUCGAAAACCCCGUUGCAAAGCCCGCGGAGGAGUCAUUCGCCAAACAGACCAUCAUCAAGCCUCUCCAAAUAUCGAAACGAGCUUCUGAGAAGCCUUCUCCGAACCCGGAUCAAAGUCGAGAUGUCCCUGCCAGCGACGAUACCCCGGAGUCCGAAGCAUCUCGCUUUUCGGUGAAGAGUGCCACGGCCUUAUGGGGUAGACAGUCUCAGUCGUCCUCGCCGGAACUGGUGCGAUCGAAAUCCCCCAUUAAGCUGCCUACGAAGGCAGAUGAGCAAGCUGCUAUGGAGAGUGCUGGCUUGGCGCGCGCAGAAGAACAACAACAAGCUCCCAAACAGUCUGUAAUAGCUCCAAAACCUAAGCCUGUUGGCUUGGGACUAGGGGCAUUUGCUCCCUCCAUUUCAUCCAGACCUGGGCGAGAAUCAACUCCACCGAAAACUCUCGGCUCUAAUUACCCGGCAUCCCCUCCCCUAAGCGGUGGAAGACCGCAAUCUGAGCCUCCUAGGAAAUCUCCAACCCAAGAAAAAGCUAAGUCCGACAAUCUUUUCGCGGAAUUCUUUGAUGAGAUACCUGUUACCACAGGCGAACUUCCUAGCAACAUCGAUGCGCAAGAAGUACUGAAGAGCAGCCCACUUGACUCGGGAAAGAUUAGAACACUACGCAAAAGCAUAAAGGAGAUCUCUGGAAGUGGUCAGCUGUCACCAAUACCAAUGCAAGAAGAACACGUUCUGUACCAAGAUUCAAUGUACCUCAUUACCCAUUCUUUUGGAGAUUCGAAAGGAGCAAAGGUCAACGAGGUUUAUCUUUGGGCUGGAAAUGAUGUAGCGGACGCUACCGUCGAGGACGUUCAACUCUUUGCUAGAAAUGAGGCUAAGAAAUACGGCGGCAAGCUCAUCGUCUUAAGGCAAGGAAAAGAAACGCCAUACUUCUUCGAGGCUCUUGGUGGUAUCGUAAUCACCCGCCGCGGAUCACGACCUGGGCCUCGCCAGUACAUGCUCUGUGGACGUCGUCACCUUGGUCAUAUCGCCUUCGAUGAAGUUGAGCUCUCGCUCAAGAGUCUCUGCUCUGGCUUCCCAUACCUCAUCUCCACCACCGCCGGCGCCGUCUUCCUCUGGCGUGGUGCUGGCUGUUCCGAAGAAGAAGUUUCCGGCGCCCGCCUCAUGGGCAUGGAUCUCGGCUCCUCCGGCGAACUUAUCGAGAUCCAAGAAGGCAACGAAAUACCCGAUUUCUUCUCUGCUUUUCCCGCCACCUACAACACCAGUACAACCGCCAAGGGCAAGCAGACUGCCGCCGUACCACGAUCCGCCGACCAUUGGCGGUAUAAGAAGACCAGCGACAAGUACCGCGCACGGCUGUUCCGCGUGGAGCAGCAGCAUCAGGGCGCUCAGGGAGGAUCGGGAUGGAUGACGGGGGCGGGAGCCGGGCUGCAGGUGAGCUCCUUCUUCACGAGAAUGCGCCGCCCUUCGUGGCAAGAUCUUAAAGGAGCAACGUCGCCAACCUCACCGCGCCCGCAGACCCCGUCGACACCGAAAUCACCGCUCCCCCGAAGCUCGCCCAAUGCCACUACUACGAAGGUUGUGGAGGUUGCGCCGUUUGUGCAGCGCGAUUUGGACCCCGAGCAUGUUUUUGUGUUGGAUGCGUUCUUUGAGAUUUACAUUAUCGUCGGCUCCACUUCCCGCUCCCAAUCCUCCGCUUUCUCUACCGCGCUCCUCUUCGCGCAGGAGUACGGCAUCCUCGCUGCCUCGGCAGAAGACCGCCCCUUCGUCCCCGUCACGACCGUCGUGCUCGAGGGCGUGCCGCGCGAUAUGAAAGCUGUGUUCCGAUACUGGAACGACGCGAUUGUGCCCGCAGCGGGGCUGAUGCAGGGGAAGUUAGGCAGGGGGAAGAGCUUGAGGCUUGUGGGGCUUGAGAAGGCGCUUGAGGCGACUCGCAGCAGUAGGUAG